AUGGGAAACGACUCUUCCAAAUCGAAAUUAUCAUCUACAGCAACAAUAACACAUGGAACACCGGGAAGGAAAAAGUUAAGUCUGGGGAUCAAACAUGGUCCAUCUUCAUCGGUUAUUCAGCGUCAUCUAGAAACAGCGCAGAAAAGUCGAGUUUUACAGCUAAGAAAUUGUGGCAUGAAAAUAUUGCCUGAACAAUUGCAAGAAGUUUGCGAAAUUCUUCGAAAUUUGGAUGUUUCACAGAACAGAAUCCGAACCUUACCAACAUUUAUUGGUUCAUUCAAUAAUCUAAAACAGCUUCAUCUUUCCAAUAAUGAGUUGGAAACAUUGCCGGAUGAAAUGGGUGUUUUGAAGAAGUUGGAAAUUUUGGAUCUCUCAUGCAAUCAGCUUAGUUGGCUUCCAGAAUCAUUGGCUGGUUUGUGCUCGUUGAAAACGCUAAAUAUAUCAAAAAAUAAGUUCAUACACUUACCCGUUUGUGUAUGCCAUUUAUCGGCACUCAACAUUCUUGAUGUAUCGUCCAAUUUUAUCGAAUUUCUUCCCGAUGAGGUGAAAUUUUUGAAAACUUCGGAACUUAAUUUGAAUCAAAACAGAUUGAAUUCACUGAAUGCAGAAAACCUGGUGCAUUGCGAGGCUUUGAGAACACUUAGAGUGGAAGAAAAUUGUCUAAAUAAAACGGAUUUCAUAAGUGACUUUCUGAUUAAUUCCAAUGUUAGUCUGAUUGCAUAUGCGGGAAAUCUUUUCCAGGAGAAAGAUUUCCAAAAUUUGCCUGGUUAUGAGGAGUAUCAAAAUAGAUACACAGCUACAAAAAGAAAAAUGUAA